ACACACACAACGUUCAACGCCAUACAUUACACAGAGGAAUACUUUGGAAGAAAUAUAAAUGCAUCUGUAAGACGUAGGAUAAAAAGUGGAUAUGGCUAUGUAUUUACCCGGGAAACGUGAAAUUUAACAUUAUUUGUGAGCAAUGCGGCUUUGAUAUUGGAGCAUCUCUCAAUUCAAAGUGUCUCACCAUCGACCAGACCACCCUAUUAGCAUUUCCUGUCGUCAAGCAACAACAAACAUGGGGGAAUCUUCCGCCAUCGUCACCAUCAUCACCGCGUUCAUUCUCCUCGUCGCCCUCGUCUCAUCCACGAGCGCGGCUACGCACGCGACCAACAUAAGCAGCAGUUCGAUUAGCACAAGUGAAGCGGAACUGACCUGGCUUGUCCCCAGUGACCUUUCCCAAGCCAGCUACUACAUCGUGUACGUCCUCGACGAAGCCCUCAACGUCGUCCUCAACGAAACCAUCGAUGACGUUAACUCGGCGUCGUUCACUCUCACCUCGCUGACGUUUUCCACCUACUACAAUGUGACGAUUUUCACUCACGAUGCGGGCGACGCAUCCAUUGGUAGCGACACCGUCAUGUUCGUAACCGAAUACGACCCGCUCAACUUCCGAGCUCUUUGCGCCAUGGGCGUCGUCGGCGCCCUCGUUCUCAUCCUCAUCCUCGUCAAGGUAGCGGGGAAGGUCUGUAACCCUGACAAAGAAGCCGAUAAGUGGAAGCAGGAAAUUCUGAACACCAAACAGAGGGAGAGAGAUGACAGGAAGAAGAAGUUGCAGGCUAAUGGAGGAUCGAGAGCAGAUCUUGAUUUUGACGUAUAAUGGACGAUGAUGAAGAUGAUGAUAAAUAUCAUAAUGAUGAUCAAUAAGUGACACGCAAACACGAAGCACUAGGAGGAUUAAACUGCAUCAUUUGAAAUAAUAUGUUAAUGAGUGAUUGCAAUUUUCCCAUUUGCUCUUUACUUUUCGCAACCAAAUUUGUUUACUGUUGAAGUCCAUUUUUUAAAUCUAUUUCUGAAUAAAAGCAUUUUAUUUAUCUUAUUAUUGUAAUCUGGUUUAUCGUCGAGGACAAUAAUAAAAUGUUGGUACUAUUCCCAACUGCAGCAUGAAUUCACAAAUGUAAAUAUAGAUGUAUAAUAACAAAAAAAUCUACCGGCCAUGGGUCACCUUUGAUUGCUACCUAGCUUGAAGUAAACAAUAUGGUAAUAAGGGUAUAAAACCUAAGUCGAAGAUUUAAAUUAACUAAAGACUUCAAUUCUGAUUGAGAAUGAAAUUAGAAAUGAUAGAAAGAUAGAUACUAUCUAAUGAACCUAACUAAAAAACUGCAAUAUAAUUGUAUUCCUUUGAAGAAAUUGAAUUAAUUUAUAAAAUAUGUAACCUAAAGGACAAUAUUUUUUAAUUUUCCUUUCUUUAAAGAUUAUGUCAAACCGAAGCUACGGACCAAUUUUCAACAAAGUUAAGGACCACAACAUUUUAUAAGGUUAAUAGUCAAGGAUAUUCGUAACUGGAACUAUAUGUUUUUUAGAAUAUGUUUCAAUAUGUAUCAGCCUUAUUGUUUCUUAUAUCACAUAUUCUUUAAUCCUUGCCUUUUUAAUUUCUGUAUUGUAAAACAUUGACAACAUGUGCUACAUAGAUACUUGAUUGAGUCUCAUCUUAACAAAUCGAAGUCGUAAAGUUCUCAUGAUAAUUGUACCACUAAUCUUGUACAAUGUACGAUUGAUUAAUUACUUGUAUAUCGAUUAGCGUAUACUACAGAUGAGGAAUUUUUUUGCCGAAGGUUCGCGUUUUCCUUCGACAAUCAAUCUAACAGUAUAGCUUUUAGGAUUAAACUCGUCUUUCAUUGUCUCUGUGCAAUACGGAUAUAGGGAAGUAGUAGACUUCAUUGCAAAGUUAUUUUUUAAUCAUACCGAUAUUCGAAACGACACCAGGUAGAGUUUGCGGACAAUACAUAUUUUAGGGAGGGGAAUACAUGUUUUUUCUCUCGAUCCAAGAAGGUGAAUGACUUUCGUUCUGGGGGUUGAUUGGAGUGGGGGCAAACCCUUUGACUUGGAUAUAAAGUCUCCCUCCGCCCCGCUCCCCCCCUUCCUCCUUUCCAGUGCCAAUACUGAGGUUGUGCAAAGAAUCCUUGCGAUUAAAGAACCAAUCAAGAACGACGUCACAGCGACGCUAUGAAAUGAUAGAUAACCAUCACGAAAGGUUAUUUCUGAUUGGAGGUUCUAUAUUUUCUUUUUAUGGUCGUUUUGUGACCAUAGGAUUUGUUUGAAACAAUAGGAAAGGGGCGGCUUAGGGGUCCUCUUUAGAUAAAUGGUAAAGUUUAUUGUACGUAUGGUUUCCUCAUUUUAUAAGAUUUUAUGUAACCUUGAUCCAAACAAUUAUUUACAUAAUGAAUAAAUAAUCGUCAUUGGAUGAAGGGUUCAGAAAUAUCACCAGAAAUUCUGUAAACUCUAUACUCUAAUGAAUACAAAGUAGAAGAAGAAGAAGAAGAAGAAGAAGAAGAGAAGAUAAAAAGAAGAAGAAAAGGGGAGGAGAAGGGGAACAAAAACUUUAAAUAUCUGAUCAAAGAAUUUCAAUGUACUAGAUAAGAAUUUCAUAAAUGAUUUGAAUAAUUAAUUACAAUAUUCUACAUUCAAUUUUUGCUGGAAACCAAAGAGGUAUAUCACUUUUCAAGUGAUUUUGUAUUCGAUUUAUCUCGGCGCGUGAUGACAUUAUAUCUGUAAAUUUGGUUACUAUAAUAAAAGUACCUAUUUUCUAUUUUAUAUGAA